CUCUGAGUGUAAAUAUCUUUUUGCUAUUUGUUACAUGUCUCUCGCAACUUCUAUGGGACACAUGGCAGGAAAUGCCAUAUUACGUUAUUUGAACUCCACAAAAUCACCUACAGCUUCACUAACUUUCAAAGGAACUGCUUAUGGAAAGCGUGCACCAAUAAUGGUUGCGUUUUCAUCAAGAGGGCCAAAUCCAAUUGGUCCCAACCUGCUCAAACUGGACUUGACUGCACCAGGAGUGAACAUAUUAGCAGCAUGGCCAGGGACUCCUAUGGCUUGCCCUCAUGUUAGUGGCCUAGCAGCAUUGCUUAUAUCAAGCCACAAAGAAUCAUCGCCAACGGCAGUUAAGUCAGCCAUGAUGACAACCACUUAUAACCUCGAUAAUAGAAGGAGUCCAAUUAAGGAUGGUUAUCAUGGUGGCGUUGCAACAACUUUUGCAAUUGGUUCUGGCCAUGUUGAUAUUCAGAGAGCUUCUGAUCCAGGAUUACUAUUUGACAUCCACCCUCUUGAGUAUUUACAUUACUUGUGCAACCUCAAGUAUAGUUCUUCUCAUUAGAUAGCCAGAUUUGAUCGAAAUUUCAAAUGCCCCAAAAGAGGAGCCAUGCAAUCUGGAAAGCUGAACUACCGUUCCUUUGCAGUGCUUUUCAAGAGUGAUGCCCAUAAUGUUACCAUUACCUAUAGAAGAACUAGCACAAAUGUUGGAAACCCUCCAGUAGGUACUUAUAAAGUGCAAGUACAAGA